UGAACGGAACAGAUGACUCUCUCUCUCUCUCAUUCACACUUCCCUCUCUCCUCUCUCGAGUCGGCCAUGGCUGCUCUGCAAUACUUGGACUCCCUGCGCAAUGCGCACCCGGAGAUGGCAGAGUGGUCCAACGCCCUCGCCGAUCUGUACCAGAAGAAGCUCUGGCACCAGCUUACUCUCAAGCUCGAGCAGUUCGUCGCCCACGCCGUCUCUCAGGCUGGAGAUUUGUUGAUUCAGUUGUAUCACAAUUUCAUCACCGACUUUGAGACCAAAAUUAAUCUCCUCAAGCUAGCACAUUUUGCUGUUAUAGUCUCACGGCAGUAUGCAGAGAGAGAAGCUGCCAUCAGCUAUCUGGAAGGGGUUAUGGAAAAGCUUCAAGCUACUAGAGAGCAGCGUAUAGAGGAGCCUAUCCUCUAUAUUAAGAUGCAGAUAGCUCUGUUCAAGCUUGAUUAUGACCAGAAAGAGUGCAAAAAACUCCUUGAAGAAGGGAAAAGCACCCUGGACAGUAUGACUGACAUAGAUCCAUCUGUUUAUGCCAGCUAUUACUGGGUUUCUUGUCAGUAUCAUAAAGUUCGGAGGGAGUAUGCUGAAUUCUACAGAAAUGCACUUCUUUAUUUGGCAUAUACAUCUGUGGAGUCUAUGUCAGAUUCAUUUAAGCAGGAUUUGGCUUUUGAUUUGUCCCUCUCCGCGUUGCUGGGAGACAAUGUUUACAACUUUGGAGAAUUAUUAGCUCAUCCCAUUAUAAAGAGUCUUGUUGGUACAAAAGUGGAAUGGCUCUACUAUAUUCUCCAAGCAUUCAACAGUGGUGACUUAGCACGAUAUCAGGAGUUAUGCCGUGUGCAUAAUGCUGCUCUUACGGCGCAACCAGGUUUGGUUGAAAAUGAGAAGAAGCUAUUGGAAAAGAUUAACAUACUUUGCCUGAUGGAGAUCAUCUUCAGUCGGCCAUCUGAGGAUCGAACAAUUCCCUUGAGUAUAAUUGCGGAGCGCACGAAGCUCUCCGUAGAGGACGUUGAGCAUCUUCUCAUGAAGAGCCUCUCUGUUCACCUUAUCGAGGGUAUAAUUGACCAAGUGGAGGGAACAGUGCAUGUCUCUUGGGUGCAACCAAGAGUUUUGGGAAUCCAACAGAUCAAAUCACUCCGAGACCGCCUGGAUGGCUGGAUGGAUAAAGUACAUUCAGCAUUAUUGUCCAUCGAAGCAGAAACACCUGAUCUCGUAGCUUCGUGAUUAUGUUCUCUCAUCUGCCGCUGUUGUAACAACCUUAUUUCUAAGCUUGGAGGGGAAAGGAGGAGACAGACAGGCGCAGGAAGAGCAUCCAUGUCGUCCCUAUAUUGCUUUCAUGUCCCUUGUUUUCUAAACUGUGUUUCCCCGGAAGUGGCACCGCUGCGUUGAACUCGAGUUGAGAGUUUUGAUCCUUUUUCCAAUGAACUUUUAGAUGACACGGAGAUCUAGUUUUUGGGUAAUUGGUUUUUACUCAUUGCAGAGUCAUCAGAAAACGGACAAUGGUAAUCUGUGAUUUUUCAUUUAAAUCAGAAGUUUGAUCCACUGUUUCUGUGGAUAAUGUUGGAAACUUUUAAUUCUGGAGAAUCUCAUGCAGAUCAAUGGGUAAUUAUUCAAUUGCAAUGAAGCCACUUUAUUCA